CGUAUCAGAUCAUAGCGUCGCCCCGUCGACCUCGACAAGUAACGUAAAGAAACACGUACAAUGUCACUGCAGCGUGAUUCUCGAAUAUGUAUAAUCGGAUGCGGCAUCUCGGCAAUCGGUGCCGCUCAGAAAUUAUUAAAACAUGGUUUUAGUAAUUUGCACAUCAUUGAAGCGACUGGAAAAAGCGGUGGAAGAAUACGAACCGGCAGGCUGGGUGACAACAUUGUAGAGAUCGGUGCCAACUGGAUCCAUGGCCCAUCAAAGGAAAACCCGGUGUUUCGCUUGGCAUGCGACUACCAACUUCUUGAUAAAGAAUCAAUGUCUGAACAAAACCAGGCAGUUGACAUAGGUGGUCAUCCGCCGUUUGUUCCCAACUGGUUUACCAGUUCUGGUCGGAAACUGGGGCCUGAAGUGAUGAGGCCAGCAUUAGAGUUUUUCAUGAAAAUACUGGAAAAGAGCCAGCAGUUCUAUGACAGUGGUGGAGAACCAAUGCCCAGUGUUGGAAACUUUGUCAAGUCGGAAGCUAAACGUCUGGCCCCAGAGGAGUGGAAGGAAGACCAGGCUAACAUAAAUAUAAGAAUGGCCAUGAUAAACACACUGCUUAAGUUGGAGUGCUGUGUCAGUGGAACACACACGCUGGAUGAUGUCGGCCUGGGAGCAUUUGGCAUGUAUAAGACACUUCCAGGACUGGACUGCACUUUCCCAGGAGGAUAUGAAGGUUUAAUUGAUCACAUGAUGAAGGAACUUCCCAAUGGUAUAGUCUCAUACAACAAGCAGGUGAAGUGCAUUCACUGGAACAACACAACGGAUAAACCAGACACUACUGCAACAUCCGCCCCUGUUAAGAUUGAAUGUGUUGAUGGAGAGACAUUUGCAGCAGACCAUGUUAUAGUCACCGUCUCACUAGGAUAUCUAAAGAAGCACAAGGACACUUUCCUGAGCCCUUCUCUUCCCCUGAACAAACUGCAUUCAAUUCAGAGAAUGGGCUUUGGGACCAACAACAAGAUCUUCCUUGAGUUUGAGCAGCCUUUCUGGGAUGAAGACUGUGAAUUAAUCUACCUCGUAUGGGAGGACGACACAGAUCUUUGUGAUGUUGUUUCCGAUAUAAAGACAUCCUGGAUUAGAAAGUUGACUGGGUUCACUGUGCUCAAGCCCACAGAGAGAUUUGGACAUGUACUCUGUGGAUGGAUUGCAGGGCAUGAAUCCGAGUACAUGGAGACACUGUCUGAAUUUGAAGUGCUACACAGUGUCACUCAAGUCCUUCGCAAAUUUACAGGAAAUCCAACUAUUGCACCAAGAAAGCUCUUGAGAUCACAAUGGUUCCAUGAUCCCUAUUCUUGUGGAUCUUACACCUAUGUGGCCAAAGGUUGCUCCGGAUAUGACAUAGAUAACCUUGCUGAGCCCCUACCACCAAAUAGCUCAAAUUCUAAGCCUUUGCAGGUGUUGUUUGCAGGAGAAGCCACACACAGGUCUUUCUUCUCUACUGUACAUGGAGCAUUGAUGGCAGGCUGGAGGGAAGCAGAGCGUCUUAUAUCUCACUACACUCCUACAUCCACAAUCUCAUCUAAGCUGUGAAAUCUCCUCAUGUUUUAGAGGGAUUAAAAUUUGGAUAUAAGGGAUUUUUAUGAGAUCUGAAAGAUUUUGUGUCUCCAGGAAAAUCUGAAUGUAAUGGUAGAAAUUUGCAUAAUUUAAAUUGUAAAUUGAAUGCCUCUUCUGUACUUUGCACAAUGUAAAAAAAAUUGUGAUCUGCUAAAAAAUAGAUUUUUAUUAAACAUAUUUUCCUACAAUUCCUUGUAUAACUG